UUCCUCUCUCCCAAACACCGCCGCCGCCGCCGCCGCCGCCGCCGCCGACGACGACGAGGAGGAAGAUGGCGGCGGCGCAGCCGCCAUUGCCGUGGGGGGACCUCCCGGCGGACCUGCUGGGCCUCGUGCUCCUCCGCCUCCCGUCCCUCCCCGACCGCGUCCGCCUCCGCGCCGUCUGCCGCUCCUGGCGCGCGGGCGCCGCGCGGGGUCGCCACCCGCGGCUGCCCCCGCCGCUGCCGUGGCUCGCCCUCCGCGACGGGGGCCUCGUCGACCUCGACGGCGAGCCCAUCCGCUGCCCCACCCCCAUCCCCCGCCACGGCGUCGUCGGCCACCUCGCCGUCGACAACCUCGCCUUCCUGAUACACCGCGACGGCGGCUGCUCCCUUCUGAACCCCCUCUCCUCGUCUGCUUCAGCGGCGACGGCGGCGAUCACGCCUCUCCCAUGGCUGAACCUCGCCGCCGUGGACGGAGCGAUCGGCCAGCCGGGGGUAUUCAUCGGGAUCGGGGCCUACGUCAACGUGUACUCCAAAUCGGUCCUCUCCUCGCCGCUCGAUUCGUCGCCGGAUCCCCUCGUCGCCGUCGUCACAUCGGGCGGGAGGCACGUCGCCGUCGCCCCUUGCAAGCGGCGAGGCGUGGUCACCAUCGUCUCCGGCCUCAUGGCGCCACAGAUUCCCGGACUGAAUCCUACUCGGUUCUCCGACAUUGCGUUCUUGGGUGGAAACCUCUACACGCUCACCAAUGCAGAAGGGCUCCUUGUUCUUGAUCUCGGCAGCAAUGGCGUCGACGAUCCACCGAACGCGUCGCAUCGUCGGUGCAUCGCCGAUGAUCCCAACCAGCAUGAGUAUUACAUCGAUGGGAGCACUAAGAACAAGUCUUUGGUGCUGAGAUACCUGGUGGGUUCCAAUGGCAGGCUGUUGAUGGUGAGGAGGUGGAUGAACUGUCGGCAGCAGUAUUACGCGGGUGACAUGGACAAGACGCGGGGAUUCGAGGUCUUUGCGGCGGUAAUCUCUGAUGGCCAUGGCCAGUGGGUGAAGGUGGACAGCUUGGGUGACCAGGCAAUCUUCCUUAGUUCAGAGUGCUCCAAGUCUGUCACUGCUAGCCAAUGUGCAGAUGGAAUUCAGCAAGAUUGUAUCUACUUCAUGCAUAGGAUCUACGACAAUCCGACGAAAGAGUGCCACGGCCCAUGUGUUGAUCCUCUUGGUGACUCUGGCGUGUACAACAUGAGAGAUGGGACAAUCAACCUUUUGCGGCCCAGGGCGGUGAUGUCUGAGCUGCGCUGGAAACGCCAGUAUCUGACUUGGUUCUUCCCUUCUGAUGAGUAAUGAUACACAAAAUAGGAUUGCCUUCAGAUAAUCAGGCCGGCGGUCAGUGAAGAAGAAAUGGGUAGGUUCUAACUACAAUUUUUUAAAAUUUUGUUUCAUUAUGUACUGGCCAAAUUAUUAAUUAAUCGUAUGUCUUAAUCUAAAUGAAAAUGUAUUGAACCUUAUUAAUUGUCUCCUUUCUAUUCAGUCCACCGAAUGCUAGGUAGCUCUAGAAUGUUCUUAGUUAGUUUUGAAGGAUAAUAUGGCCAUUUCAUGGCAAGCAAGUGAUUAGCUAAAUAUGCAUACUAUGGUCAAAAGUGAUAACUAAACGUGAACAGAGGAAGUAACAAUUUGCAUGGCAUUUGAGAUGUUCACGCUUUAGCUCAACCAGAAUGUUGCUAUCAACAAUCUAUGGCAUUGCAUCGUAGCUGGACUCGCAAUUAUGUGAACUGUGCGUAUCUUCUUGUUUUUUUUUUUUGGGGGAAGGAAUGCAAAAGCUUUGCUUUUUUUUAUUAAUAGAGAAGGAGAAAACCCACAAAAGUAUUAUAUACAUGGUCUAUCAUAAAAAUAAUAGACCUGUAAAACAGAACAAAAGACUACUCUCUGAAGGGGAUGAUCUCUGUGAUUUUGGUGGCUCCUGUCUUGAUCCACGUCUGUGCUUUUUCCUUAAUCUUAGUGACGACCAUGGUUGUUGUGGUAGCUAUGUGCCAGAAGAUAUUGGCAUUGCGCUCGCACUAGAGCCCCCAAGCCGCAAGGUUUUCCUCGGGACGUGGGGUAUGCGUGAUGGCUUGUACCACCAGUCUUCUACGUUUGUGCAAUCGACCUUCAUGAAUUUGGAGGUCUAGGUUUGCCCAUCUCUGGACAGAAGUCCAGAGUCUUCUCAGGUUUGGUAGAAAAACUCCUGAUGCUUCUCAGACCUACCAUUUGGUGUAGCACUCAGCAUGACCAUGUAGACUACCCAGGUCUGAACUCAGAGGAGAGAUCCUUAUAUAGUCUUACCUUCAUAGCAAAGAGAACAAAAGAAAAAGAAAAGAAGAGAAGAGGACAAUAGAAAAGAAUGCUGCAAUCUGGCUACAUGCAUUUAGUACUCAAAAUCGGGUGGACAUAACUGUCUAUAAAUAAGUGUUAGGCACUUAGGCCUAUAUCUUGCAUGAUCCUGCAGAUGUAUUCGUCUAGUUGAUCUCUGCCUAUUGAACCGUACUCAUCUAGGUGACACGUCCAGUCUCAACAAGGUCUCUGUAUAUUAAAAAGCAUCCACUUCUGUUCAUGAUCAGAACAACAAGUAGCAGAUGAUUAUGCAUAUGCCUGAACAAGCACUGAAAAAGUUUUGGAAUCAUUUGCAUAUAAUUAAUAUAAUUUACUCUGUUUCUUCUUUAGAUAAUUUACUCUGCUUCUACGUAGGUACAGAUCUGCCAACCAUAUUAGAAGAGCAUCCAACAUGCCAGUAAUACAUUUUUCAUCAAGUUAUCUAUAAAGCAGUGGCACAUUAUCAGGAAAAAAAGGGCUCAGAAAAACCUUUUUUUAAUAAUCCUUCGGUUUUUUCUAAUGAUGGAUAUUACAGAUAUUGUGCAUUCUUAUAUUUACACACAGGUCAAAUGAACUCUUAAAAUAGUAUAGAGAAACUUCAGUCGCCAUUGCUAAAGAUAAUUUAUCAGUAGUUCUAACACCAUUGGAUUUAAGUAGGCAACCAUGCCAUUUAGUAAUAUAUAGAAGGGUCAGUUAUAACACAUGAACUCCUGAUGCCUCCUAAGUCUACCAUUGCAAAUGUCAUUGGAGGCUUGGAGCAGCCUGCAUGGACUACUGUUCAUGUCUCACCGGUAGCUUUGCGGCACUUGGUUCUUCUUUUACUUCUCUUUUAUGGACCAAGACAAGUCACCAUAUAUAUCUUGUAGGGAUGUAUUGUUUGGUUCAAUACAGUUAAGUAUGCAAUGUAUAUAGUCAUGUUCAUUAGGUGAGCUAGAAAUAGGACUGGGCUGCCAGGGAUUAAUUAGCUGACUAAGGGCCCAACUCAUUUCAUGUUUACUUGGUAGUUGGUAUAUAUUAAAUCACCAUAUCUAAUGAGAAUUAAACAUUUUUGCUUUACACAGAUUUUUUAAUCUACGAAAUGUUGUCUAAAAUUUGUUCUGCCGGAAGCUAUUCUACUCUAAAUUUCCUGGUCGUAACUAACUUUAUGUAUUAGUUUCUAAAAAUUGAUAAUAAUACAUCGUUCACCAUUUUUUAUUCUACCUUAAUUUGUCAAGAUUAUGGAAACAGUUUUGGAGAGCUCAAGUUGGGCAAUAGACCAUGAAUAGAUCCUAGAGGUGCUUCAGCCCUUGUUUAGUUUCCAACUUUUUCUUUAAAUUUCUAACUUUUCCAUCACAUCAAAACUUUUCUACACACAUAAACUUCCAAUUUUUUUCUUCAAACUUCCAAUUUUAGUCAAACUUCCAAGUUUGUCAAUAUCUGGAAGAUGCUUACCAGGACAUAACUAAAUGUCAUCAUGUUCAGGUCUUUCAACUCAUGACAAAGUAGUGUGAAAUGCACCCCAUGAGCUGGCCACAAGUGACAAACUGCCAGUAGAACUCCCGAUGCCUUCUAUGCCUAUGAUUUGCCAGGAAAUGCUGGAGCUAUUUGAGCUUUAACAUCCAUAUGAACCUGCACUGAGCACCAAUCCUCAGAUUUUGUUUCAAUCCUUUUAUGGGCCAAAUAAAAUAUUGUGAUGAGAUAUACUAUCUGAUGAUCUGAUCUUUCUUAAGAAGAAAGGCCAGAAGUUCUGGUAUUACAAGAUGGUCCUCUUGAUUGUCCAAUAGGGGGAAGAUAUAGGGGCAACUGCCUGAACAAAGAAAUAAAGGAGACUUCGGGAAUAAUUUUAUUGUGGUUCAAUGUGCACCUACUAGUUUACCAGACUACAUACUGAAUGUAUGCAUGCCCCACUAUAUAAAAAAUUUCAGUGGGAAGCCCUAAAUGCCCCAUGGUUAAUUAA